AUGUCUAAAGUCCAAGAACUGAGAGUUUUAGUGAACCAGAGACUGAGUGCAGCUGCUGAAGAGAUCUUUGAGCUGUUUGAAAGAACGAUAUUAGAGUACGAGGAGAAACUCUGUGGAGCUAAAGAGAAACAACACAAACAACAGACGGAUUUUCAACAAAGAGCAGGUUUGUACUUUACUGUGAUAUUACUGUUCAGUCAUCAAUGUUACUAUAAAUCUGAGGCUAUUAUCUGCUUUAAUACAGAACUCAUACUCUGAACCUAAUUUAUUAUAUUCAGUGUUUUUAAAAGCAUAUAUUUAUUUAUUUCACAGGACAUUAGAAAGAACAAAAACCAAUGAAACCACUCACCAAUACUAACUCUAGACAGUCAUGUUCAGAGGUCUGAAAACAUGGAACUGUCUUCCAUCUGUCAGUAGCAGUCGCUACAUUAAAUGUUGACUAUAAAAUACAGUUUUUUAAAACUUAAAUGUAUUUGUUAUUCAGACAUCCAAAAGCUGUCGGAGAGUGAAGAGGAGCAGCAGAAGAAGAGUCCCAGUCUGAACCAGGUGGACCCGGCGAAACAACCACAUAUAAAGGAAGAGCAGGAGGAACUGUGGAGCAGUCAGGAGGGAGAGCAGCUUCAACGACCGGAGGAGGCUGAUAUCAGCACAAUUGUUUUCACUUCUGUCCCCGUGAAGAGCGAGGACGAUGAUGGUGAGAAAUCUCAGCCCCAAACUGGAGAGAAUGGACACACGGAGCAUUUGAAAACAGAACAGAACUUUAAUCCAGACAGUCAUUUAGAUUCAGUCACUCAUGGGAAGACCUCACACUCCUCUGAAGAUGAGAGAGGUAACUUUGAUUAUGUCUGGGAGGGGACCAGUGAACCUCAGACAAGCUUAAACUCUGCAGAUGACACAGAAUAUAGCGACUGGAAAACAUCCGUCAGCUUCUCCGAUUGUGCUUCAAGCUUUGAUCAAAAGGAACAACUUCAGGAAAACAGACCAAUCCAAAAAGGAGUAAAACCCUUCGGCUGCUCAGCUCGUGGCACACGGUGGCACAAUAAGAAACAUUUAUCAGGUCACAUGGUGUGCCAUACAAAAGCUGGUUUUAGUUGCUCAGUUUGUAACAAGAGUUUUCCGUGGAGAGGAGAGCUUGUGAGUCACAUGAGAAUCCACACAGAAGAGAAACCCAACGUAAGCGCCGGCUUUGAUUCGAGGUUUUCUGGAAUUCCCAAUCUGAUUUUGCACCCGGAGAGUCAAACAGAUGAAAAACGUUUCACAUGUCCAGUUUGUGAAAAAAGUUUCAGUCACAGAACACAUUUGUUAGACCACAUGAAGAUUCACGCUGGGGAGAAAUGCAGCUGUUCAGUUUGUGGUAAAAGAUUAUUUAAGUAUUCUCUUGUGCGACACAUGAAAUCCCACACCAGAGAGCCCAUCCAGAAACCGUACAGCUGCGCAGAGUGUGGGAAAAGAUUUGAACAACGCCAAUCUCUUGGACUCCAUAUGCGAAUUCACACAGGAGAGAAACCAUUUAGCUGUUCGGUUUGUGGGAAAAGCUUCACACACAGCGGUAACCUGAAAAGGCACAUGACUGUUCACACAGGGGAGAAACCGUUCAGUUGUUCCAUCUGUGGGAAAAGCUUUGCACAAAAUGGGAACCUGAAACAGCACAUGACUGUCCACACAGGAGAGAAACUGUUCAGUUGUUCCAUUUGCGGGAGAAGCUUCACACAAAGCGGGACCCUGAAACGCCAUCUGACGGUGCACUUACGAGAGGAACAGCAUAGUUGUAGUGUUUGUCAUCAAAGAUUCACCGAGCUCGCAAGUUUAAACGAUCACAGAUGUGAAGUGUCUUACCUGUUUUAG